AUGGGCCAAUUCUUUGCCAAAAUGGUAUUGGUGCUUCUCGGUGUCGGUUGUGCUCUUAAAUGGGAAGAGCGUCGCAACGAUCGACUUGCCAACGAGGCCUACAACUAUGAGAUUGGAAGAUUGGAAAGCGGCAGUGCUAGUUUGGGUGGUGGUGACGGCCACAGAGAAGGAGGAAGUGCUGCCGGAGAAAAAAAUGAAAGCGCUACUGCUGCCGGAGCUGGUGGAUUUCUGGGGGGAGAAAAUAGUGGUGAUGUUGGUUUGACUCGCACUCUACCUUUGGAGGACUGA